AUGGGAGGCCUUACCGGCAUCGCCAACGGCACUGCGUCAAGUUCUGAGCCCUCCAGCCUUCAACAGUGGGACUUUAUGUUCUCCAGACCCGAUCAGCGCACAUUCUUAGCCCCGGAAAGCCACCAAUCCACAAGACGAGGCUCGCUAGGAGCAGAAACAUUCAGCUCUCCAUUUGCAUGGCCCACGGUCUUAAACAGAGAUAUUCUCUCAAAUUCCUCUCAAAUGUCGUCCUUCGAAGCCCCCACUGGCUCUGAACUCAACGCACCAUUCAUGCCAGCGUAUGACCGCUCGGGCGCCUUGCCGACAGCGAUCAACACUCCCAGCAUGUCAGGAUAUAAUCAUCAGCAAAUCGGCAAAUGGUGCAUUGACAGCACCCCGACGGAGGAUCUCUAUCCACCCCAAUCUUUCCCAGACAUAGGGUCUCUGGUUCCCACAGAGCCUUACUUCACUUUCAACGACGUGACUGAAAUGUCGAUAUCCUCUUCGCCGCCCCGCUCUCUCUCCGACCCUGACUCCCCGCCAGCUCCAAGCUCGGCCUCAAACGCAAGCGAUCUAAGCAAUUACGGUAUCCCGACUAGUGAUGGAUUAUGGCGCUGCGCCCACCCAGGGUGCUCUUCACAGCUUCUCUUCAAGAGGGGAUGUGAUUUGAGAAAGCAUUUCAACCGCCACCGGAAGUAUCUGUUCUGUCGGUACGAGAAGUGUGCUCAGUCCACACAGAAUGGGUUCAGCAGUAAGAAGGAUCGUGCUCGCCACGAGGCGAAACAUAAUCCUGGUGUUAUUUGCGAAUGGGACGGCUGUGGAAAGGUGUUCAGUCGGGUCGACAACAUGAAGGAUCAUGUUAGGCGGAUUCAUCAGAAGGGGAAAGCGUGA